CUCUUAUUUGCCUUUUCAACCUCAUUCUGACCGUGCACUAUUUUUCUUUCAAGAAUUAUUUUUGCAUAAAACCGCGGGGACAGCCCUGUUCCCACCGGCAUGACAGAGACGAGCGACGCCGAGGACGGGGAGCUCCUGACGCAGAUUUGCGAGUUCCUUAGCGCCACUGUUUUCAUCGCCACCUUCAUCUACAAGGUCCCUCAGCUCUACGUCGUUAUUGUGUCCUCGUCCACACGAGCUAUCAGCUUGCCCAGCAUCGUUCUGGAGUGGAUAGCAUAUUCCAUAAUGCUGACAUACCAAGUGGCUAUGGGAUAUCCGAUGUACACAUGGGCUGAGAAGGUCAUAAUGGUGUCAGAAGAUUUCGUCCUGACUCUAGUGGUGAUGAGUUACAAAGGUCAGCUGAGAUCAAGAACUCUCCCCUACUUUUUACUAUAUUCGUUUUGCUUCGUGAUGAUAGUAAUGAGAUGGCUUCCUGACCUGAUUAUGGUUUCAACCAUCGCGCUGACGACCCCCAUACUGCUGUGGAGCAAGAUCGAGCAGCUCUAUGAGAUCUUGAACAAGUGGGACGCUGGCCGUGUGAGCGGGCUCACCUGGUUCAUCGCUGCUUACUGCACAGGAGUCCGGAUACUGACCACUGUGGUCAUCACCAAAGACACGCCCAUGCUGGUCAACCUGACGUCGAGUCAAGUCCUGAACGUUGCAGUAUUCGCCUCCAUCGUCUACUUCAAGGGCCUCUCAGCUUUUGUCUCAUAAUCUGACAAUAAGACUAAUAUAAUUAUGCAUCACACAGACAUCGUUUCUGCACCGAGCCUGCUGUCCUUUUUUUAGACCUAUGACGUAUCGCUAACGAUGAUUGGAUUACAACGCCAUUGGUGUGAAUGUUGAAAUAAUAAUUUGAUCACGGUUGCAAUUGAUGGAGCGACAGAUUGAGUCUGUUUGAGAAAAUGUUUUGUUCUCCAUGUGGAAAAAAAGAAUUAAAGAUAUGUGAGAAAUCAGGCGCUAGUCAAAAGAGUAAGAUCAAGGAAACAGGUGUUCUUUCGCUGGUUGGACAAUUUUUAUCCAUAUUUUUGUCUUUCUCUUUUUGGCUCUACAUCUUUUGUGUGCAUUUAAGAACACAAUUCUGUUUGGAUUUUCCUGAAAAAUGUUGACCAAAGGCAUAGAAACUGAAAAUCAAGAGUUUCCAAGAAUACUGUCAAAAGAUCGAUUUGACUGGAGAUUUGUUGUCUUAUUGGUCUGAUUCAUUAAACACGAGCUGGACUAUAAAUACUUAAUGGUUUUUGUUUAGCUU